AUGACCUCAGACUACUUUGCUGAUGGCAUAAGGAGUAAAAUUACAGAUGACACCACCCAUCCAGACAGCUACUAUGAACCAGACUAUUUUGUCCCAGACAACCACGGGACAGCUCACUUGUCAGUCAUAGCCGAAGAUGGAAGCGCCGUGGCGGCCACCAGCACCAUUAAUCUAUACUUUGGGUCCAAAGUCAUGUCUCGAUCGACUGGAAUCAUUUUCAACGAUGAAAUGGAUGACUUCAGUUCUCCAUACAUGACCAAUGGGUUUGGAAUCCCUCCCUCGCCCAACAACUUCAUCCAACCAGGCAAGAGGCCACUGUCUUCCAUGUGUCCUACUAUCAUCUUUGACAAAGAAAACAGAGUCAAAAUGGUUGUAGAUAUUUCAAACUUCCUUUUCUUCUGGCUAAAACAGGUCAUCCUGAACUCCUUGUUCUUCAACUAUGACCUAAAGAAAUCUGUGACAGAGCCAAGAGUUCACAAUCAACUCAACCCCAAUAUGACGGUGGUGGAGCAGGGCUUUGAAAAGAGUGUCCUGGAGGGCCUGGCCCAGAAGAACCAUGUAACACAGCUGCUGAGGACUCCCGACUCUGUGGUCCAGGCGGUGGUGCGGCAGGGAGAGCGUCUCUGUGCAGAGUCAGACCCCAGGAAAGGAGGCUAUCCGGCGGGAUACUGA